AUCAAAGGAAUUUUUGGUCUUCCUUCCGUGUCAGGAUUAGAGAUGGUCUAACCACAAAUUAAGUAUUAACAAUUUUGACUAAGAGUUAGGGAAAGGAGAAGGGGGUGGUUAAUAUGUUGGCAGUUGGCUUUAGUGGAUUCUUCCUAAUUUCAAAGGAAAGUGAUGGGGACAUUUCUCAAAUAAGGCAGCAUGUCUGGGCUUCUUAUAGGAACAGCAUCCCGCACCCAGAGGGUGCCAGUCAAUGUCUGGUGACUGAUGAACAGAGUAGAUGGUGGGUGGAAAGGGAGACAGCACCCAAACAGGAUACAAAACAAGCACACCUGAAAUCACCACUUUACAAAAUAAAAUUAUGUUUAUUACAGAAUAACACAAUUUCUUAUUCAUACAUCCCACCUGUGACAUUAAUCAGAGCCUUCACCUAUGGGCCAUAUGUCAUCUUUUCCACCCUUAGUAGUUUAUAGAUUUUUUUUUUUUUUUUACUUUGAAGUGUUAGAAAAAGAAAAAGAACCAGAGCUGCCCUAAAAGGAAUGAGGAAGUGAGAGCUCCCCAGUGUCUGGCUGGCUAUGUCUGGGUGACAACCCAUGAUGUUCUUUCCGGUCUCAGUAAUAUUCUGAAUUUCCACCUGCCCGCCCCCUCUCGUUUAUAAUGCAGAACACGUGAAGUUAGAGCAGUUCAGUCUUCCUCUACCGGUGGAUUAGUAGGAGCAGAGUGUUUCACUGUUUCUCCCAUUUUGCACGGUUCCCCGGAGAUAAGAGAACGCUGGCUGGAGGCUCCCCGAGGGUAAGUACCAUAAAAUAACACAACUGGGAAAUUAGCUAGCUAGCAAAUCACUGGUCUUUGAGAGCACCUCCAAGAGAAAACAGCUGUACCCCUAAACAUGCAGCAAAUAAGGUUAUAAAGACUCUGAGCCCCAAAAGCUCUCCUUCAGUGUGAAGCCUGCACUCUUUCGGUAAAGGAAUUCUGUCAAUGUUAACUUUGUUUUAUGUUUACUGCAAGUAGCACCCUGAGUAUAAGUUUUUUUUUCCUCUGGGGGUAAGAGGAGCUAAUCCUUGCAGAGCACAUAAUACAGUACCUGACACAUAGUAAGCUUCCCCCCCUCCCCAAUCCCGAAAACAUUAGUUACCGUGUGAUUGUUAGAUUAUCUCUUGAUGGGACGGCACUAGAUGAAUAACAAAGUUCGGCAUGGUGAAGAUAUUAGGUUUAAAUAAUUUAGAAAUAAGUGUGUUCAGGUGCUGUUCUUAAUAGCCGAAGACAUCUGGUAACAUAUCACAGACUUUAAGUGAAAAUUUUUCUAAUAGUUUCAGACUUUGUGUUUUGGCACUGAAAUUCGCCAAUUUAUCAUGUGUCUCCCUCCUCCUCCCUCUCUCCCAUACGACUUCUUGCAGGCAGAGCCAAGGCCCCAUGGGAGCAAAAUUCAUCCCUGGACAGUCAGCUCAACUCUAAUGAAGUUGAUAAGCAGCUGCAAUGUUUCAAAAACACUAAAUGCCAAUAAUAUGGAGACACUGAUUGAAUGUCAGUCAGAGGGUGAUAUCAAGGAACAUCCUCUGUUGGCAUCAUGUGAGAGUGAAGAUAACAUUUGCCAGCUAAUUGAAAUUAAGAAGAGAAAGAAGGUGUUGUCUUGGCCAUUUCUCAUGAGAAGGCUUUCUACUGUGUCAGAUUUUCCCGGGGCUUCAGAACCAGAAUUGAAAGUGCCACUAUUUGAUCAGCCCUUGUCAAUCAUCUGUGGUGAGGACGACACACUCCCCAGACCCAUUCAGGAUAUUCUCACUAUUCUGUGCCUUAAAGGACCUUCCACCGAAGGGAUAUUCAGGAAAGCAGCCAAUGAGAAAGCCCGCAAAGAGCUAAAGGAAGAUCUCAACUCGGGAGGCAUGGUAGAUCUGAAAAGUCUCCCCGUGCACCUCCUGGCUGCAAUCUUUAAGGACUUCCUCAGAAGUAUCCCACUGAAGCUACUUUCAUGUGACCUGUUUGAAGAAUGGAUGGACGCCCUGGAGAAGCAGAAUGAAGAGGACAGAAUUGAGGCCCUGAAACAGGUUGCAGAGAAGCUCCCACGGCCCAACCUCCUGCUGCUCAAGCACUUAAUCUCCGUGCUCUAUCUGAUCAGCAAAAACUCCGAGAUCAAUAAGAUGGAUGCCAGCAAUCUAGCUAUCUGCAUUGGACCCAACAUGCUGACCCGAGAGAAUGACCAACACCUGUCUUUCGAAGUCCAGAAAGACUUGAACAACAAGGUUAAGUCACUGGUGGAGUUCCUUAUUGAUAACUGCUUGGAAAUAUUUGGGGAGAACAUUCCCACACACCCCAGUACUGCUUCUGAUGACUCUCUGGAACACACCGACAGUUCAGACCUGUCAAUGCUGCAGAAUGACUCAGCCUAUGACAGCAAUGAUCCUGACGUGGAAUCCAGCGGUGCCACCGGCUCCCCAAACAGGAGGCCCCAGGUGCCCUUGGAGACAGCUGCCAGCUGGGAGUCCAGAGGCCCACAGCUUGCUUGGGAGUUGAGCCCGGAGCCCAUUGUCAGCACCAUAGCCGGGCUGAAAAACUCCCUCAGUGAACCAGACAGGAGCUACUCAGAGCCCAGCAUGUCUUCCUCACAAGAGAGCCUGGAGAGCCAGAAAACACACCAAAAACUAACACGGAGUGAGGAUGACUUCACCAUGGCUCAAGCAGGGGCUCAUUUGGAAAGUGAGGAGGCUGAAGACCCAUUUCCAGAGGAGGUGUUUCCUGCAGUUGAAGGCAAAAUCCAAAGGCCACAGGACCUGAAGGUGAAGAACUCAACUCAGGGUUUGGUGUCACUAUGGGGUCUAAUGCCCAAAGCCACCUCCAGUGGCUCUCUGGAUGCUUCCUCUGACAGCUCACCCAUGGCUUCUCCUUCCAGUCCUAAAAGAAAUUUCUUCGCAAGACAUCAGUCUUUCACAAAGACAGAGAAAAGUAAGCCCAACAGAGAAAUCAAAAAACACUCCAUGUCAUUCUCCUUUGCCUCUCACAAAAGAGUGCUUACCAAAACCCCUAGUGGCGUGUCUGUGAAAUCCAAAGGCUUUACCAGAGACCAAGUAAAGAAAGGUUUUAAAAAAGAAAGCCAGCUUGCUGGGCGAAUCAUUCAGGAAAACUUGUCUGAAAUCCAGGGCCAAACUGCUCUAGACUUUAGCUCCAGAUCCUAUGCCCUCUCAGUCGAGGAUGUGUUCCAGCAAGUGGAUCAGAGAAGCCCUGGAAGUCCGCCAUCUUAUGAAGAGGCCAUUAGGUGCCAGGCAUUGGACCUCUCGGCCUGUGGGGGCCAAACAGUUGGCAGCAUGAGGGCUAGAAUGCUCAGCCAGGACACUGAACUACCACCUCUCCUACCUUUUCGUCAUGGAGGGAAUUCAAGAAAUAUAGGCAGUGAAGAGCCACUUGAUGGGCACAGACUAUCUCCCAGGACUGAGAGUUGGGAACAGAGCAGGACUGUCCAUGCUUCUGCAGAAACAAUAGGACAAGUGACUGUUACAAGGAGACCAGAGCUGUACCGCCUAAGAACUCUAUCUGAAUCAAAACAGAAGAGUAGGCUGGACCACCUAGUGCAGCAAUGUAGUCAGCCGGUCUUUGAGGCUGACCAACUCCAGUAUGCUAAAGAAUCCUACAUUUAGGAAAGCAGACUAGACACCAUGACAUGGCUUGUGGUAUCUCUGUAAAUGUAGGACUGUAUAAAGAACUGCUUUAGAAUUUGUUUUCUAAAAAGUCAUGAAUAAGCUCCUUUCACGAAGUUGUGUAGAGCCCUCCUCAAGGGGGCCAGCUGCACAAGGGCACUCAGGCAGUGUCUGUGCCUGCUUAAAUUUGUGCAACAUGUAGCAAGUGUAUAAAAUGUACUAGAGGCAAGGUAUCAGGUGCAAAGAUGUCUACAUGAGUAUGUGUAUAUUUGUUUGUGAACUUGUGGUCAACAGCAUUGCUGUUCUCUGCCUCCUGGGCACUUUUCUAUGGUUAGUGUUCAAAAAUAAUUUUUCUUCUACUUUUAUGUUGCCUCAAAUCUCAUGCCAUUUUUCAUAUUUUCCACAAACCCCAUUUAGAGGAAAAUGUUUAAAUCUCUGUUAGAACUUUAUGUUCAUAAGCAGCUUUGUGAUAACUACUUACCAUGGUAAGAAAAAGGAGCAGACUGCAAUGAAUAGACUUCAGUGUUUGGAGUUUGUAGCAUUACAGACUCCAGUAAUUGAAAAGGCCACCGUUAAAAUUUAUGAAAAAUACUUAAACAAAUAUGUCCUUUCAACCAUCUCAUUUUCAAUUUGGAUAGAUUAGCAAAAAUGCAUUACAUCAAUAUUAACUGAUUUAUAGCACUUUGAGUUUCUUCGUGGCUCAGUAUGUCUUCUCCAACAGUGUAGAGGAAAUUAUUUAUAUGCAUUGGGGAUCAUAUAUAGAAUUUCAAUGUAAUCUCACUACAAUAAAUUGCCUUCCUUGUUUCAAAGUAAAAAAUGUUCAUUCUUUACUGAUAUGUUGCCUUUUCUCCCUUGAUUAAUAGAAACCCAAGAAAAGCACUCAUACAUUGCUUCAUUCAUGAUCCCAGGGUCCUGGGACUGAGUCCCACAUCAAGCUUCAUGCUCAGUGGGACUUCUCCCGCUCCCUCUGCCCAUCCCCCCCACUCAUGCACGCGUGC